AAUUACUUGAUAAAAAUUGUAGCUUAUGCUCAAGCUAGAAUUUAAGUUUUUAACUUUAGAAAUUGGAGUUUGGUUGAGCCUUAUUCAUUCUAUGCUUUUGCUGACGAAGGCGAUUUUUCCUUUUUAGCAGUUUUUAACUUCAACUGCCGGCUACCUACCGACGGCCGCGAGAAAAAGGACAAAAAAAGCUAAAGCCCUAGACUCUCUCGCGCCAGCCUUUUACUAUUACCCGACUGCUUCUUUUGCUCUCCAGUUGGGAAUGCAGAUGGUUCCAUUUUUAACCUGACAUGCGUCUGUUGUUGGAAACGUGGAUAUGGGAACCCUUAGUGUUGUAUGGAGUAUCGCAAAGAACUGCCUCACGGUUGGGGUUAUCACGCUUACAGUUUCAGAUCUAUUUGCCAGUAUAGUCGCAGUCCGGGGUGCCUCAAUGUCUCCCACAUUUAAUCCCAAAACCAAUACCUUGCUUGAUUCAUUGAGUGAUGACCGUGUUCUGGUGGAGAAGUUUUGUCUUAGAAAAUACAAAUUUUCACAUGGUGACGUGAUAGUUUUCUGCUCUCCAUAUGAUCACAAGGAGAAACAUUUAAAGAGAAUUGUCGGCUUGCCAGGUGACUGGGUUGGGACUAUUUACGAUGUGCUGAAGAUUCCAGAAGGACAUUGUUGGGUUGAGGGAGACAACUCAGCUUCCAGCAUAGACUCAAGAUCUUUUGGCCCCGUUCCUUUGGGUUUGGUUGAAGGAAGGGUCACCCACAUUCUGUGGCCUCCACAUAGAAUUGGCAGCGUUGGCAGAAAAACUGCUCAAAACAGAGUUUCAUCCUCCUAAUUGCAUCUGAACCGCAGAUCUAUUUUUUUUUCCAUUGGAUUUACAAUUUCUUUUUAUCCUCUCUUUAAGUAGUUGUCGAAUGCCUAGAAAGAAUUCUUUCGUGGACAAGUAAUACAAGUGUUUCCUAUGCAAUGUUUCACAUUGCGUUAGGUUGAUUUGGAUGCUCGUGGGGCUGGAGGCUUGAUUUUUUCGUUUUGUUUAUAACAAAAUUUAGACAAUGGAAGGUUUAUCUUAUUUCAGGUCAGGCAUACAGAGAUAUCAGUGAGACUUGUAUUGGAUUUAUAGAUCAUUUAUCAAAAUCCUGCUGGCAAGAGACUCAAAUUUAAAUUGAAAUAUUCAAA